GCUUAUUUAGAGGAGGCGCUUAUUUGCGGGAGGACCCUAUUUGGGGAAACCCUUAUCUAAUGAGGCGCUUAUUUAGAGGAGGCGCUUAUUUGCAGGAGGACCCUAUUUGGGGAAACCCUUAUCUAAUGAGGCGCUUAUUUAGAGGAGGCGCUUAUUUGCGGCAGGACCCUAUUUGGGGAAGCCCUUAUCUAAUGAGGCGCUUAUUUAGAGGAGGCGCUUAUUUGCAGGAGGACCCUAUUUGGGGUAACCCUUAUCUAAUGAGGCGCUUAUUUAGAGGAGGCGCUUAUUUGCGGGAGGCCUUUAUUUGAGGAAGCACUUAUUCUUGAAAUUACGGUUAAGGUUCCCUUUUUUCGGGGAGCGGGAUCAAUUUAUAAUAAUACCCGCGUCACUAGUUUUUCAAGAUAAUUCUGCUGGUUUUUGAUCGGAUUUACCAGAGCACCAUUAAAUGUUAAUCGAGUAAUAACAGCGAUUUUAUAAAUGACGGUUUUUACUCGUUAUCGCUUUUAGAAAGUACUUUCUAAUCUAGUAUAGGAAUAGGAAUCUACAUAGGUUAGAAUCACCCUCGCGAGUCUACCAGCCUUCAAUGUUGUCAUUUUUAUUCGUCCAAGGGAGGAUUUACACAUUGCUUCAAAUGUUGUUUGCUUUACAUUGGUUGCAUGAUGCUUCCGCGCACGCGCCAUUGUAUGACGGCACUGACAGCACAUUGCCCAAGAGCCUUAAGAACGACACAUUGGCGGAUCGGAUAGAGGACGCUAACCUGGGUGACCUGGAUGCGUGGAGCAACCCGUUAUUUGAGGGUGACAUCUCGCUCACUGAAGAAGACAAGCAGUACGUCGACACCUCAGAGACCGGCGAUGCGGGCAGCGCGAGCAUAGUCUUAGCGGGGUCAAUAAGCAAGCAAGACACGGAACCAAAACGAGCGAACAUUGCAUCAUCAGGCCCAAUAAGCAAGAGGAAGGCGAUACGCACACGUGCAAACAUCUGGCCCUCGCGAGUGGUACCGUUAGAGCUUAAAACAGAAAUUGGAUAUGCUCGGAAAAACAUCCUAGAGGCCGUAAAAGAGAUCCACAAGACAUCAUGUGUGCGAUUCAGGGACAAGAAGCCGAAUGACAAGUACUGGAUCCGAUUUGUUCGUAAGCAGGGAUGCUGGUCCCCCGUGGGUCGCCAAGUGGACGUGGUUGGGGGGCAAGAGUUGUCUAUCGGUGAUGGGUGUAACGAAAAAGGAAUCAUUCUGCACGAGUUGAUGCAUGCACUCGGCUUCUGGCACGAGCAGGCGAGGACCGAUCGAGACGAAUACAUUAACGUGCUCUGGGAAAAUGUCAUGCCAGGAGAACAGAAGAAUUUCAACCGUUACAAUGGAGGCAGGCUGGAUUUUGUGGGUGGAAUGUACGACUUUGAAAGCCUGAUGCAUUAUGGGAACUAUGCUUUCUCUAAGAACAAUAAGCCGACCAUGAUUUCAAUCAAAGAUCCCGCCAUGCAAUUCGGUCGUCGGCGCUCCACGCUAAGUGACACAGACAUCCUGCAAUUGAAUGCGUUGUACGACUGCGAAACUAAGAAAGGUGGGUGGAGUCACUGGUCACACUGGGGUCCGUGCAACGAACAUUGCUCCAUGAAAAGAGAAAGAUUCUGUACCGACAAGAGCCGCAUAAAAUGUCCUGGUACAGACUACUUUGGGAUUCAGUCGGAGACAAAUAAAUGCAUCAAGGACGAGUGUAACAUCCCAAUUCCCGGUCAUUGGGGCCGCUGGGCAUCAUGGGCGGAAUGCAGUCGUUCUUGCGGUGGAGGUUUCCAAGUCAGAUCGAGGCUAUGUGACAACCCUCCGCCUCACUUUGGUGGUAAAGUUUGUUCCGGUGCGCUGGUGGAGGUACAGGAUUGCAACGAACUACCAUGCCAAGGCAAGCGUACGCUGAAGGAUGUUUUACGACCGAGAAAAAGAUGGCGUGCUCUGAAAAUUGGCUAACUCUUUCCUUCUCCAAGUCUUUCUGCCCUGAAGAACUCUUACAAGGGCACCCAACGACCAUUUUCGGUCAAAUAUCUGUUCGGAAACAUACCUACGGAAUUCGGGGUCGGCCUAGAAAUGUCUACUUUUUUCGGAAUUUGUAUUUCUAGAGCACCUAUGUUUCUUGGGAAGAGAGCAGGACCACCUAUGUUCUUCGGAGUUACUUUUGUUACCACUAUCACCGUUUUCGGGAGAUUUUUGUCCGACAUGCUUUAAAAAAAGAAACCCUAGUAUUUUCGGGAGCGAGUAUACAGGUACAUUCCCUAGAAAUUUCGCUAGGAGUUUCGGAGACCUCGGGAUGAGUAACUAGAAUUUUCGGAUGGCUGUAAUUUCGCCUAGCAAAUCCGAACAGAAGAAAAAUAUAUAGGAAAGCUCUAUAUUGUAUAAAAAUGACUGCAAAAGAAUAAAAACGGUAUCUUAACUCAUUUUCGGCCGCUUGUGAAUUUUUCGUCGUUGGGUGUCCUUGGCCCAGAAAUUUCGGUAGGAGUUUCGGAUGUCUCGGGAUGAGUAACUAGAUUUUUCGGAUGGCUGGAAUUUUGCCAGCAAAUCCGAACAGAAAAAAAUAUCUAGGAAAGCUCUAUAUUGUAUAAAAAUGACUGCAAACGAAUAAAAACGGUAUCUUAACUCAUUUUCGGCCGCUUGUGAAUUUUUCGUCGUUGGGUGCCCUUGGUCUUAUCGAAAACGAAAAUUUGGCAGAGUCGAAUACCAGUUUUUGGUGUAUUGCUGAAAUUAUUCUCAUCAUACGAAAAAUAUAAAAAAGGAAAUCAUCGUUUCUGAGACUGGGAUGAAAGAGCUAGACAAAGGCUUUCCAUGCUUACAAAACCAGGGUCCUUAACGGGCGCCCUCUGAAGAGUUUUGCUGCCGAAGACAGCUUCACCUAGCCUCCCCCAGGCAUUCUGACCGGGCCUCCUGUGGUGUUAUGUUGUAAGAGUGACGUCACGCCCAUACCCCGUUUUAUUGGCUCAUCCCAGGUCCCGCACCUAUUCAGGGCUCAACCCAAGGCACAGGGAAACCGUUCAGAUUGCCUUGGUCUAGGCUUAGCUUCAGCUAGUCUGGAGAGAAAUUACAGGUCAGGAAUGUGGUUGGGAUGUUGGUGGGCACGCAAUGCAUGAUGUACCAUGUUUGACCAUCUUUGCGUAUCAUGAAUAAGACCCAAUAAAGAAUGUGUUUUUCUGUG